AUGGAUGAGACCGCCCUUGCUGCAGAGUUACUUGCGGAGAAAUUCAGCGGAGGGACCCAUUCAGCUUCUCAAGCACAACAGCACACACAUCUACAGGAGUCAUUGCAUCACCAUCAGCUGCAGACACCAUCCCCUUCACUGAGUCAAGCAGACGUGCAGAGUCAGCUUGCUAAUAGUGCCGCAUACGCUUACACUGGUAACGCACUUGUAACCAAUAAUACAAACGGUGUUGUUACUUUUCCACAAGCAACAAAUAGUAAUGUGACAACAGCCUCAGGCGGAGAUGCUUCUUCUGAACCGGUACAAGCUUACGCAAAGUUAGAGGGCGAUUCAUUUUGUUACUAUAUCAGAACUCUCCAAGUGACCUUUGGGCGCAAGGCCAGUUCCUCAGACCAUGUCGAUGUUCAUCUUGGUCCGACCAAAGCAAUUUCUCGUCAACACGCUCGCCUUUUCUAUAAUUUCACAACACAGCGGUUCGAAAUGAUGGUCUUUGGCAAGAACGGCGCCUUUGUGAACGAUCAGUUUGUUGAAAAAGGCGUUACAGUACCGCUUGAAAACCGAACAAAAAUUCAGAUUGGAGAGGUGUCUUUUUCUUUUCUACUGCCUAAAAUUGACACAGAUGAUUCCACAUCCGUCAAAAGAGAAGAUUCAGCUCAGCCUGGUGAGAUAUUCGAUUCGUCAGAGUAUUCCUCACGAGACACCAAGCCACCUUUUUCGUAUGCAUCUUUGAUCGCGCAGGCCAUCAACUCUACACCAUCUCGGAAAUUGACUCUAAAUGGAAUAUAUCAGCAUAUCACUCAGCACUACCCGUAUUAUCAAAUGACUCAGAACGGCUGGCAGAAUUCUAUUCGCCACAACUUAUCAUUAAAUAAGGCAUUUGUGAAAGUACCACGCUCCGACAACGAGCCGGGAAAGGGCGCGUUUUGGACUAUUGACCAAAGUUGCGAAGCCCAGUUCUCU